GGUGUGGGAAGCAAAGGCUGAACAGAGUGAAUCCAGAGUCAACUUAUUUCAUACUCAUCUUCGUACCCCUCGACGCUAGGUGACAUCACCCUUGCAUUGGCCGUCUGCCCGACGAUCAACUCAACCCCUCUUCACCCCGCACGCUAUUCACCCAUUCACCCUUAUACAAGCACUGCACUGUCCCUACGCCUACUCCUUCCCCGUUCCUCGACUUCACACUCACACUCACAACCACAACCACAACCCACCAUGACCACCCUAACCUGGCAGCAAAAAGUCCAAGCCAAGCAAGCCGAAGCCCUGGCCAAGAUCCCCGCCGAAUGGCGCCUCCCCGCCUCUCUCCUCGCGACAGCCACCCCCAUCUCCCCGGAGAAUGUCCUCUCCAUCCCGCGUGACAGUGGGCUUCUGACCGCGCGCGAGCUGGCCAUCACCGAGACAGCAGACGCGACGACCCUGCUCGCGCAGCUGGCGGACGGCACCUACACGGCCGUCGAAGUGACGACAGCCUUCAGCAAGCGCGCGGCCAUCGCCCAACAACUGACCCACUGCCUCACAGAAACGAUGUUCGAGCAAGCCCAGGCCCGCGCCCAGGAGCUCGACGAACACCUCGCAAGGACAGGCCAGCCCGUGGGGCCGCUGCACGGGCUCCCCGUCAGCAUCAAGGACAUGUUCCACGUCGCCGGGACAGCGUCGACGCUGGGCUACGUGCACUUCCUGGACCGACCAGCCCAAAAGACCAACACGCCGCUCGUGGACGUGCUGCUGGCCGCCGGCGCCGUGAUCUACGUCAAGACCAACGUGCCCCAGACGCUGAUGACCGCCGACUCGCACAACAACGUCUUCGGCCGCGUGCUCAACCCGCACCACCGCUCGCUGACCGCCGGCGGCAGCUCGGGCGGCGAGGGCGCCCUCGUCGCCCUACGCGGCUCGCUGCUCGGUGUCGCCACCGACAUCGCCGGCUCCAUCCGCAUCCCCGCCCACUGCUGCGGCCUCGUCGGCUUCAAGCCCUCCAUGGGCCGCGUCCCCCACGCCGGCGUCAUGAGUCCCGCCGUCGCCGGGUAUCUGUCCGGGAUCUCCGCGGUGAUUGGGCCUGUCUGCCACUCCGUCCGCGACGCGGAUCUCUUCAUGAAGACUGUCUGCGACGUGCCGCCUUUUGAUUUUGAUGAUCAUGCGUUGGGAAUCCCCUGGGCUGUAGCCGACCAAGGGAAGGGCGAGAAGCUGCGGAUCGGGCUGUUCACGGCGCACCCCGGUUUGCCGCUGCACCCUAACAUCGCGCGGAACCUGCAUCGGGCGGCGGAGAAGCUUGCUGCUGCGGGCCACGAGAUUGUGGAUGUUACUACGGAGUUCCCGGACAUGGAGGAGGGGAAUGAGAUCGCGUUCGGGCUGUUCGGGCUCGAUGCCGACCGGACCGCGGAGUCGCAUUUGCAUGCAGCGGGCGAGCCGCCCGUUCCGUCCGUGGGGAUCGUCAAUGGAUCCAGCAAGACAAAUCCAAACCCGACCCUGCGCGAUCUGUUCAGGUUGACCGCCCGAAAGGCGGAGAUCACCGCGCAGACGCGCCGCAUGUUUGUGGACAAGAAGCUGGAUGUGAUCCUGGCGCCGGCGUACCAGAGCUGCGCCCUGCCGCAUGAUAGGUAUAGUCAUGUGUGGUAUACGGUGUUUUGGAAUUUGGUGGAUAGUCCGAGCUGCGUGCUGCCGUUCGGCAGGUCAGAGGCUGCUGCGGAUCGGGAAUGGUUCAGACAGGAUGCAGUGUAUCGACCCCCUUAUCGUCCGGAGGAAGUGGAGGGCGCGCCUUGUCAUGUGCAGUUGGUCGGACGGCGGCUGAAGGAAGAGUUGCUGGCACGACAGGCGGAGUUGGUCGAGGCGGUCCUAAGAAAUGACUAG